GCUGUAAUUUUCCUUGCCAAAAACAAUUCACAUAAAUAGUUAAUUUAAAAGGAUUUACAUACUUAUUCCGCUUGCUUGUACAGUGUUGCAAAAACAAACACAUUAAACAAUGGCUCUUCCAGUGACGGAACCGGUAAAUUCUCGAGUUUACAUUGGCGGUCUAGGCGAGCUGGCUACCCGGCAGGACAUGGAAGAACUGUUCAAGGAUUAUGAACCGUACAAGGAUUUGAAUCUGCUGCGGGGCUACGGGUUUGUGCAAUUCCCUACGGAGGAAGCAGCGCAGAAGGCUAUCGAGCGUCUAAAUGGAGUGUUGCACAAGGGCCGGAAGUUGACGGUAAAGAUAGCAAACGACAAUCGCGCUAAGAAGGGCUUGCUUCCACGGGCUGGAGGCGGGCCACAGGGCGGACAGGGGUCAGCUCCUAUUCGGGAUCGAUCUCCGAUAGAUGGGAACCGGUAUGCCGAGGGAUAUCCUGCGAGAAGUAUCUACAGUAAUCUGUACCCCAGAAUGGAUAUGGGAGGUUACGGCGAUCAGAUGAUGGGUGGACAUCAGGUUGCACCACAGGGUCAGUCGGAAAGUAACGACUGUGAGAUAAUUGUCGUUUCCAGAGAUUUGACGACUUAUGCUGAAAACAUUGAAUCCAGAUUGAAGCGGAACGGUUUGACCGUUGAUCUGCUCUUUCCGAACGAUGAUGUACCGAUUGGUAAGGUCCUUUCCAACAUUGCAUCUCGUGGCAGCUAUUAUGCCAUUCUCAUCACACCCGAAAAUCAAGAACGCAACAGCAUCACAGUGAAUGUAUUGUACGGAGUCCCGGCGGAACAUCGGAAUAUGCCAACCGACGAUGCGAUCAUGUUCAUCUGCAAGGACUUUGAGGAUAAAAUACGCUCUGAACAGGAGAAGGCUGCUAAAUACCGGGUGGCAAUGAGUUCUGCUGGUCCUGUCAAUCCUCACAUGAUGUACCGUGCGCCACAGCUGUCGGAUAAACACCCGGAAACGAUUCAAAACAUGCUCGGUCUGCUCGCGAAUAACCGACAGCUGACCGUUCUCCAGUACGAACGGUUGAUUAAAUACCUAUCCGAUCGAAAGGAGCUGCAAAUCAAGUACGAACUGGGUGAGGAUACGGAUUCUAUAUCAGCUAGUCGGUUACUGCCGGGCAAAUCGAAAGCUGAAUCAGAGAAGGAACUGCAGAAAAAGAUUAUGGACAUUCUGAACAAGCCCUCCAUUAUUCCACCGAAAAGACUGCCGAUGGAGCCGGAGAAGGAAUUACGUUCCACCGGGUUUUCGUCGUUCGGGAAUAUUACGAUUGCGGCUGCAGCGGCCGGUAGCUCUGGCAGCAGUGCAGCUCCGAUUGGCACUAGCAGUAGCAGCGGUAGUAGUGUACCUAUUGCCACCGCGACUCCCAAAUUGUUGCAUGAUCCGAAAGUGCAGAAGGCACUGGAUUCAUUGCUACUUUCCGGCUUGGGUGGGGCACUCAAAUUUUAACCGUAAGGACUUAUGGAACUAGAUUUUAGAAUUCAGACGUCAAGGUAGGUCUUUUCGUGAACGUGCACUUUGGAUUGGUUUUGUAGGGUGCUUGCUGCGAGACCUUACGAGUGGCAACUCUACAACAUAUAUAUGUCGAUCAUUCUCAGAUGGAAACAAAAAUCCAGCAUAAACUUCAUGUUGGAGUAAUUGUAAUAGGCGAACAGCAUUACAGCAUUGAUUAUGAUGAAUAAAGGAAAAGUAUUGAG